AUGACGACUGCAGCAGCCAAAGACAAUUUUGUUCGCGUUGUAUCGUUUGAUACAAUGACAGAUAAGGAUCUCCCCAACUAUUCAUUCACAUUGAGAGCAAGAUCACAGACAUACAAGCGUACCAGACGCUCGAGAACAUUCAUGGUGGCUACUGAUUUAGCAAAUUACAGUGAAUAUGCGCUCACAUGGGCUACAGAUGAAAUCAUGGAUGAUGGUGAUGAAUUGAUCGUAUUGCGGGUGGUUACUGUUGAUAUGAAUGAUAAAAAGGCAAAUCUCGCAAGUCUAUUGGAACACGAAGCCAAGCAAUCCAGAGACAAAGCAAAUCAGGUCAUGAAGAGGAUCCUGAAAAACAGUGGCGAGGAAAAGGCAAUAAGCGUAGUCAUUGAAUUCGUCAUUGGCAAGGUGCAAGAAACGAUCCAACACAUGAUUACCAUGUAUCAACCAUCGCUCUUGAUUGUGGGCACAAGAGGUCUCUCUGAGUUCAAGGGCAUGCUCCUCAACAGCGUGUCUAAAUACUGUCUCCAGCAUUCACCAGUACCAGUGGCUGUGGUCAGACCAGAAGAUAAAAUCAAUAAAGCAAAGAAAUUGGGUGGAUUAAUGCGUAUCAGUAGUGCAGGAAGCGCUACUGGUAACACAAGCGAAGAGGACAACAACACAGCCGAAGAUGAACGCACAGAGAAAAAGCUUAAUAAACUCUCGUUAUCUAGCGGUUGGAAGAGAUCAAAAGAUCGCUCCAGAUCAGCUUCUCCCAACACUAGCAAUUAA